AUGAAUUAAGGGAAGCCAAUUUAAAAAGAUAUUUUGAAAGAUGUGAGUGGAUAUGCCCUUCCUGGCGAGGUGCUGUAUCUUAUUGGGUCUUCAGGUUCAGGUAAAACUUCUCUACUUAAUGUUAUUUGUGAUCGAAUUAUACCCAAUAGGAACGUUAAACUUUAAAAGAAUGUCAUAAUAAAUGAUAGAAAAGAACUUGAUUCAAGAUCUUUUUCAAAACUAGGAGCUUAUGUGAUGUAAGAUGAUAUAAUUUUUGAUUUCUUCACUCCUAAAGAGGCUCUUAGAUUUGCUUGCAGACUCAAACUUAAAGUUGAUAAAGCUACUUAAGAUUAGCUGAUAUUAAAGUUAUUGGACGAAUUGGGACUUAACAAUGUACAGAAUACGAGGAUAGGAGGAAGAAGGAAAAAAUUACUUUCUGGUGGGGAAAUGAAAAGAGUAGCAAUUGGAAUAGCUUUGAUAACUGAUCCUUUACUGUUAAUAUUGGACGAACCAACCUCUGGUAUAGAUAGUUUUAGAGCCAUGAAAAUAGUAAAAUUACUAAAGAGGUAGGCUGAGAAAGGAAAAACAGUUAUUGCUACUAUACAUCAACCAAGUACUGAGGCUUUCAGGCUAUUUGAUAGAAUACUAUUAAUGACUGAUGGUUUAGUAAUUUAUGAAGGAGUACCUCCUCAUUCAUUAAAAUAUUUUAAAAGUAUUGGAUUCCCUUGUCCCAAGUACUCUAAUCCUUCAGAUUACUAUAUGUCUAAUAUUCUAACGGUAGAUUAUCCAAAGACUGAAAAAUUUGAAAGAAAACUACAAUUUUUGCUGGAUAACUAUUAGACAUAUAUAGUGCCAUUAGUAUUAGAGGCGGAGGGAAGUGUUAUUUUGAAUGACGUGGACAGAGACAUUAUGACUUAAGUCACUAGUAUUAGAGAAUAGUUCAGAUAAUUGAUUGGAAGAGAGAUUCUGGGAUAAAUUAGGAAUCCUUAGCAUUUAAGAGUAAAAGUAGCUAGAUAAAUAAUAGUAGGUCUUCUUAUUUUAGCAGUAUUUUUUGGGUUAGAUGGUAACAAUGCCUAAGAUAUUAAGGGUUUAUCAGGAUGUCUAUUUUUCAUUGCAGUGAAUUAGACAAUGAUGUAUUUGUUUUCAUCGCUUAUUGUUUUUCAAGAAGAAAGGCCAUUAUUUCUAAGAGAAUACUCAGAGAAAAUGUACAGACUAAUUCCUUACUUUCUUACAAAAGUUAUUGUAGAUAUACCACUAGGUAUUCUCCAAGCUAUUAUAUUUUCAAUUGUAGUAUAUUUUGGCAUAGGAGUCAUAGUAAAUGCCUGGCUUUUUUUCAGAUUUUUAUUUGUUGUGCUACUAAUUGGGUUUACAGGGAAUGUUGGAGGCUACUUUAUAUCAUCAUUAUUUAGGUAAACUGAGACUGCCGUAUUGUUUGUGCCAGUAUUCCUAAUGCCCCUGAUAUUGCUGGGAGGUUUCUUUGCUAAUAUUGGCAAAACGUAGAGAUGGAUUGUUUGGAUGCAAUAUCUGUCGCCUAUUAGAUUUGGUUCUGAAGCAUUAUUAUAAAAUGAGUUUUCAAGUAGAACUGAUAUCCCACCUGCUGCAAAUCCGUUAAAUAUAUUCAAUUACAAUCUUGGCUAUUGGCUAUCUAUGGUUUUGCUGGUUUGUUUGGCUAUUGUUUUGAUGAUUUGCGGAAUGAUUUUUUUGAAGUUUUUCAUUUCAAGGCCUUAAUGA